UCAUCCCUGGAGAGGGGCCGCCGUCUCCUACAAAAACCGGGAAGGCGGCCGGGAAGCGGCGUCGCGGCCCUUCAGCGGCGGGACCCUGCGGCCUCUGUCCCCCCCACCCCCGUCCCCGCCGCCAUGGCGCCCCGCGGCCUCCUCCUCCUCCUCCUCCUCCUCUUCGCCCUGGCCGGGCCCUGCGCGGCCCUCAUCAGGAUCCCCCUGACCAAGUUCCCCUCCAUGCGGCGGGUGCUGAACGAGGUGGGCAGCGAGAUCCCAGACGUGAACGCCCUCACCCAGCUCCUCAAGUUCAAGCUGGGCUUCGCUGACCAGGCUGAGCCCACUCCGGAGAUCCUGAAGAACUACAUGGAUGCCCAGUAUUAUGGCGAGAUUGGUAUUGGGACCCCUCCACAGAAGUUCACUGUGGUCUUUGACACUGGCUCCUCCAACCUCUGGGUGCCAUCUGUGCACUGUCACCUGCUGGACAUCGCCUGCUUGCUGCACCACAAAUACGAUGCCUCUAAAUCCAGCACCUACGUGGAAAACGGCACCGAGUUUGCCAUCCACUACGGGACAGGGAGCCUCUCCGGGUACCUCAGCCAGGACACGGUCACGCUCGGUAACUUGAAAAUCAAGAACCAGAUCUUCGGCGAGGCCAUGAAGCAGCCAGGCAUCACGUUCAUCGCUGCCAAGUUCGAUGGCAUCCUGGGCAUGGCAUUCCCCAGGAUCUCUGUGGACAAGGUCACCCCUUUCUUCGAUAACAUCAUGGAACAGAAGCUGAUCGAGAAGAACAUCUUCUCCUUCUACCUGAACAGAGAUCCCACUGCUCAGCCUGGUGGCGAGCUGCUCCUGGGAGGGACCGACCCCAAAUAUUACAGCGGCGACUUCAGCUGGGUCAACGUCACACGCAAGGCCUACUGGCAGGUCCACAUGGAUGCGGUGGACGUUGCCAGCGGGCUGACUCUGUGCAAAGGGGGCUGCGAGGCCAUCGUGGACACGGGAACCUCACUCAUCACCGGCCCCACCAAAGAAGUGAAGGAGCUGCAGACAGCCAUCGGUGCAAAACCACUCAUCAAAGGCCAGUACGUGAUCCCCUGUGAUAAGGUGUCAUCUCUGCCUGUCGUCACGUUAACACUAGGAGGGAAGCCCUACCAGCUCACUGGAGAGCAGUACAUCUUCAAGGUUUCUGUACAAGGAGAGACCAUCUGCCUGAGUGGCUUUUCAGGCCUGGAUGUCCCACCCCCUGGGGGCCCACUUUGGAUCCUGGGAGAUGUCUUCAUUGGUCCCUACUACACCGUCUUUGACCGUGAUAACGACUCUGUUGGCUUUGCCAAAUGUGCCUAAGCACCUGACCCCCACUGCCUCUGUCACACACACACUUACACACACACAGGAGCCAUAGAGAAAGAUUACCAGGAUUUAGAAACCCAGUGAGCGGAGAGAAAAAAAAAAAAAAAAAAAAGGUAAAAGAAACAGAACUUGACUUAAAAUUACAUGGAAAAUAGUCAUUAGUGCCCUGCUAGCUACUUUUUCCUCUCUGAGUAAGUGGUGCUGGGAGGUCUCUAGUUGACAACUCCAGAGGGAGUAGCCCCUUGCUUUACUGCUAGGUCUUCCAGUAUUUGAUUUUAAGAAUGAUUCUCAGAGCUGAACAAGGCCCUCUCAUGUCUCCCAGCCCUGGUCUUCUUCCUGGGGAGGGGGCAGCUGGCUGGAGCCACCCCCCUGGCACCUCUGUUCCUGCAGGGAGGCUGUGUGGCUGCUCUUGGGUUUGGGCUUCUGCGCUGGGGGCGAGGGUUGGGGAAUGCUGUUGGGCACGUUAUUUACGUCUUUCUUUUUCACUGAUGAAGCGGGGGAGCAGGAGGUGGGGGAGAGUCAGUCUUCAUCACCCCUCUGCGGUGAGUUGAUGCGGGGCCUGCUAGGGUGUUUCUCAACAGGUUUGUGCUGACUUGGUCCUAGGAGAGCACGUCCCAGGCUGUCGCGACAGGGCCCAAGGGUUGAGUUUCAGAGCCAGAGGGCUCUGGUGGUGUGUUUUUUUGUGUAGUGAUGGCACUAGUGAGAGAGCUGGAGGCAUGACAUUUGCAUGCCUGACCUAAGAGGACAGGGGGUUGUAGGGGAACUCCAGCCAGUGGGGCUCGUGGGGGAGAGCAUGAAUAUAAAGGGGCUCAAGAUAGGAUUUAAUAGAGGUCAGUUGAAUUCAUGGCCAUGAAGGCCUGGCUUUCUGCUGAGCAAAGUCACUUGACACAGGUUCUCUAGAGUUUGGUGAACUUCUCCCGGGUUCCCCAAACCGCAGAUGUUCCCAGCUUCCUCUGCAGUCAGUGAACUGAGAAUAAUGUUUCCUAAAGCAACUGCGAGCUGAAAUCACACUGAUAAAAUCUGUAGGUGUUUGUCAGCCACACAAGACCUUUUGGAAACAUUAUUCACAGCAUUUUGAACUGCCCAAAACUCAAGAGACAGUUGGGAGAGCCAGCAAGCCUUCUGGGCAGGAGGAGGGUGCUGUGGCAGCUUCGGGACUUGCAUUUGCUUUCCCUGGUGCCCUGUCCCUAAACCCAACUGCCUUUAACACCCUCCUUACCUGCUUUCCACCUUCCUAACACUGGUGAGAGCUCUGCUCAUGGUCCAUCCUGUGUUGCAAACAGUGAGGCACAAUCCUGCUUUGGAGAGGUUGUGGCUGAUUUAGCUGUGGUCGAAGAGCCGAGAUCUGCAUCUGGGAGGACAAUAAAGUGAGUUUUAAGCAGUACUGGAAAGCAGAAGAGAGUCUGCCAAGAAUUGCAGCCCCUGCUGCGAGUAAAAGACUCUCUUCGAUUUUCCGGUGCACUGGAUCAGGUUCUGAAGUUAGGCAGUGGUGGCAGGUGGGGGCAAAGCUGAGGGUGGCAGGAGGACCAGAUCAGCACUGGCUGUGACCCCAGACCAGGCAAAACAAGACAAGUAAAAUCCUGGCUCCCCCAAAUUCACCGAUAACCCUGCUAGCAGUACUGGUGGGGCCAAGGAAAUUCCCGAGAAAGGUCUUUGGGCAGUGGGUGAAUAGAUGGUUAGGCCUGAUGAAAUGCAUAUACGUCAUCCCCAACACUGAAUUCACCACGAGCACCAGAGGCACGGGUGGGGAAGAGGUCCCGAGGUGAGCUGUGGGAGAACAGCCUGCGGAUCCCCUGUCCCCACCCGCUGCAGCUGAUCAGUUUGGCUUUGUAAUCGCGCCUCGGAGGGGUCUGCCCAGGGCAGUGGGGACAGGCCUGGGCACACGGAGGGCACGCGCUUUUGUCCCCUGCAACCCCAGACGUGACAAAUGCUGCUCCGAAAGCUUGCUUCUGCCUCCUCGUGAUCUUCACCUGCAACCCUGCAUCCGGACGCCUAAGGCCAUCUGUUGCAGGCUGGUUAGAGAACAGUAGCAUGUUACCAAAAAUAAGACCAUCUCUAGGUACUCCAAAAUCAGCAGAUACUCAGCACCUCUCCGGAGAGCCCCAGUUCCACACCAAUUAAGUGCCCAGAGCUUCCUCCAAGUCCUCCUACGUCGUUUCCCAGCUGCAGGAUUUCUUCAUCGCGGAGGCAGCUUCCUCAUCGUGAGACCCGAUGCUGGGGAGGGGGGGAAGCCUUACAUGGGGCUGGCAGUGGGUUUGGAACAUCUUUGGUGUCCGAUUUAAGCGGGACGUGCAGCUCAGCCCCCCCUGGAGCAAGCCAUGGGGCCAUGGUCGGCUGGAGGACUGGUUCGUGGUACUCUUCCCUGAAUGGGCCUCCUCCCCUUGUUCUUUUAUUUGUAUUUUUAAACCAAACUCUAACCAUGUGACUAUUUUUUUUUAUUAUUAAUUUGCUGUCAGGAUUAUUAUCUCAUCAUAGAAAAUUGAAAAGAAAAUACAGUAUUUCCCCCUUAA